AUGUCUCCAUCAAAACAAAAACGCGCUACUUGGUCAGAAGAUAGUUUGGCCGCGGCAGUUCGUGCGGUACGUAAUGGAAUGUCAACUUAUAAAGCAUCAGCGCAAUAUGGUAUCCCGCGAAGAACUCUAAGAAACCAUGUCAAAAAUGGGAAGAUCACCAAAAGAUUAGGAAGACAGACUAUAUUCACUUCAGAUCAAGAAAAAGAUUUUGUAAAACGAAUAAUAAAGUUCUCGCAGCUGGGCAUACCUUUGACCCCGAAAAUGAUCAGAAUACAGGCGUUUGCUUUUUGUCAGAAAUUUAAUAUUCCUCAUAACUUUAACGAACAAUCAGGGCUUGCUGGAAAAGGAUGGUUGAGGUUGUUUUUAAAAAGAAACCCAGAGAUGGCCAAACGUAAGGCACAGUUUCUAAAUCCAGCCCGUGCCCAAAAAUUGAAUAAACCCAUUGUAUUCCACCAUUUUGAACAAGUAAAAAAACUUUACGAUGAACUGGAAUUGCAUAACCAUCCAGAAAAAAUUUAUAACAUGGAUGAAAAGGGCUGCAGGCUUACGUUACAUCACCAGCAGACAGUGAUCUCACAAAAAGGAGCAAAGAGGGUACACAUACAAGUGGCAGAACAUGGAGAAAAUGUAACAGUUGUUGGUUGCGCCAAUGCGAUUGGAAAUCCUGUACCUCCAAUGAUUUUGUUUAAAGGAAAAAGGAAGAUGGCAGAGUAUGAAAAAAAUCUUCCUCCAGGGUCUAUUGUUCAAAUGGCUAGAAAAGGAAGCAUGACAGCAGACCUAUUCAUCAUCUUUAUUAAACACCUAGCCAAAUAUAAAACAUUUGGAAAAUGUUUACUCAUUUUUGAUGGCGCAAAGUGCCGCUUGGAUUUUCGCAUCGUAGAAGAAGCUGAAAAAAAUGACAUAGUGCUGUAUUGUCUGCCAUCGAAUACUACGCACGAGGUUGCAACCUAUGGACAAGACCUGUUUCAAGCCAUUUGA